AUUACUCUCACGCACAACUUCUUCUUCUUUAUAUGUUGUUGUCUACUUGUCUACAAUUUUCAAAAAAACAUAUUCUACGAAAGAGAUGGUAUAAUUCUCAGUCUAAUCUUGUUGAAGAACCUACUCUGGUGAGUAAAUAUCUUACAGACAACUUUCAACGUCAACACAACUACCUUCGCAUCUCAUUGACAGAGCGUUGCAAUCUAAGAUGUAAGCCACCAUUGCCAUCUAUGUGUACUCAUCAAUCUAAAGGUACUUAUUGUAUGCCAGAAGAAGGUGUCCCACUUUCACCUGAUCAUCAGUUACUCCAAAGCCACGAAAUCCUUCAACUAGCGCGAUUGUUUGUAAGCCAAGGUGUGACCAAGAUACGUUUAACAGGUGGCGAACCCACUGUUCGACCUGACAUUGUUCAACUUGUCCAAAGUCUCGGUCAACUAAAGCAAGACGGUCUACAGAGCUUAGCCAUGACAUCCAACGGUAUUGCCUUGAAACGCAAAUUACCUGCGCUUGUGGAAGGUGGAUUAGAUACAUUGAACGUGAGCUUAGAUACAUUAGAUCCUCACUUGUUCCAAAUCAUGACAAGAAGAAAAGGACUGGAGCGUGUGAUAGAAGCAAUUCAAAAAGCAGUGGACUUGGGUAUCCAAGUCAAAGUCAAUACGGUCGUGAUGCGGGGUGUCAAUGAUCAUGAAAUACUCAAGUUUGUGGCCUAUACAAAAGACCAUCCUAUUAAUAUCAGGUUUAUUGAAUAUAUGCCAUUUGAUGGAAACAAGUGGCAUCAAGACAAAUUAGUGCCCUUUAAAGAACUAGUUCAUUGCAUUGAAUCUAUCUAUGGUACAUUGGAGAAACAAACGGACAGUGCGAAUGAUACCACCAAGCAUUUUCAAGUGCCUGGUUAUCGUGGUAAAUUAGGCUUUAUUACAUCCAUGACAGAUCAUUUUUGUGGUACAUGUAAUCGAUUACGCAUCACAGCCAAUGGUAGUAUCAAAGUAUGUCUGUUUGGCAACACAGAAGUAUCCUUAAGAGACAUGUUACGACAAGGCAAAUCAGAUCAAGAAUUGUUAGAUAUCAUUGGAGCAGCAGUCAAAAAGAAAAAGAAGCAACAUGCUGGUUAUUUUCAUACAUUUAAGAAUAUGCCAACACAUACGACUCGAUUCUAUUCUACAAAACCGCACAGAUUGACACAUACAGAUCCAUCAACAGGUGAAGCACGCAUGGUCUCUUGCCAAGGGGAAUGUCUUGACAGUCGCUCAGAUUGCAGGUAUCCAAGCAGCCAAACAAACCUCGAAUUUAAUCCCACUCUGUCAUCCACUUUUAUUGGGCUUGAUUGAUGUCCAACUCUGGCUAGACGAUCAUAAACAAAGUGUUGAAUGUGCAUCUGUUGUACAGACCUCGGGUAAGACAGGUGUGGAAAUGGAAGCAUUGACAGCAACCAGUGUGGCUCUUUUGACAGUCUAUGAUAUGUGUAAAGCUGCAUCAAAAGACAUGGUCAUUGAAGGUAUCCAAGUCGUUGAAAAGAGUGGAGGCCAAAGUGGUUCUUGGAAACGAGAAUAAAGCAGUCCUCAACUUUUUUUAAAAGCCCGUGUUUUUUCAAGUAUAUAAAGUUCAACAAGACACGAAAAAAGUUUUUUUUUCUUCUUUUUUUUUUCUAUUCAAGGGUGUGAGCAGAGUCGUGGUAUAUGCGAAUCUUUUCCAAUGGGCUAUAU